CUUUUCUUUUCUUUUCCUCUCAUUUUCUCUCUCCUCUUUUUUUUUCCUCUGUUUUUCAGUUAAUAAAACAAAUAAAAUAAAAAAAAAAAAAAAAAAAAUGAAUAAACUCCUGGGUUUUUUUUUCUUUUAUUUUUGAUAGUGUAUUUGACUGAAAUUUCUGGGACUAUAUUUGACUUAGAGAUCUAACAAAAGAAUCUCUUCAUUUCUGGAAAGAAUAAUCCUUCAUUUUUCCGGAAAUUACUUCUUUUUUGAUUCUUUUUUCCCUACAUUUUUCAUAUACAGCCUGUACAAAUCCGUACACUUUCAACCCAAUUAUUUUACUUCCUUCUUUACUCUCCAAUUCAUCACUUCAAGAUUUUCGCUGUGUUUCUUCUUCAGUUUUUGAUUUUCGGGUCGUAAUUUCUGAUAACUUUUUGUUUGAGUUCGAAGUGCAAUGGAAACUCGUCAAUCUCGACUUGACUUGUAUCGGACAACAUUAUGUCUAGCCUAUCAGAGUUUGGGGAUCGUCUAUGGUGAUCUAAGCACAUCUCCUAUAUAUGUCUACAAGAGUACAUUCUCUGGAAACUUGCGGCUGUAUGAGGAAGACCUUGAAAUCUUUGGUGUGCUUUCUUUGGUAUUCUGGACACUGACUCUGAUCCCUCUUUGCAAGUACAUCAUCUUUGUUUUAUCUGCUGAUGACAACGGAGAAGGUGGAACCUUUGCCUUGUAUUCACUACUUUGCCGAUCUUCCAGAAUGGGAAUUUUUUUUCCUUCUCAAGCGGAACAUGCACAUCCAUCUUAUGAUGGCGGGACUUCUAGAAAAGAGGGCAAGACCAGCUUGGUUAUCAAAGAUUUUUUUGAGAAGCAUUACUACUCGCGUCUUUUCCUGUUGUUAGUGGUUUUGCUAGGGACAAGCAUGGUAAUUGGUGAUGGGAUUCUCACUCCAACUAUGUCUGUCCUAUCUGCAGUCUCUGGGAUAAAAGUCAAGAUCCCUCAUCUACAUGAGUAUAUUACUGUUGGUGUGGCCUGCGUAAUCUUGAUGGCGAUUUUCUCUCUUCAGCAUUGUGGGACUAGCAAAGUUGGCUUUCUUUUUGCUCCUAUUCUUGUGGCUUGGCUCCUCUCUGUUGGUGGAGUUGGGUUAUACAACAUAGUUCACUGGAAUCCUGGGGUCUUUCGUGCACUUUCACCAUAUUAUGCCUACAAGUUUUUUAAAGUAACUGGGAAAGUGGGUUGGAGUUCACUUGGGGGUAUUGUCUUAUGUGUAACAGGUGCAGAGGCAAUGUUUGCUGACCUUGGCCACUUUUCUCAGGUUUCUUUGAGGGUUGCAUUUGCCGGAUUUGUCUAUCCUUGUUUAGUUUUUGCAUACAUGGGCGAAGCUGCUUAUCUUUCAAAGCACAUAGAAGAUCUUCAGAGUAGUUUCUACAAGGCAAUACCUGAGCCCAUUUUUUGGCCCUUUUUUGUGAUCGCUACUCUUGCCAGUGUUGUUGCCAGUCAGGCAAUAAUUUCUGCAACGUUCUCGAUCAUAAGUCAGUGUCGGGCCUUAAAGUGCUUUCCGCGCGUGAAAGUAAUGCAUACAUCUGAUGAGAUACAUGGCCGGAUAUACAUACCAGAGGCCAAUUGGAUGUUGAUGGUGCUGUGCCUGGCUGUUGUGUUGGGUUUCAGGGACACAGAUAAAAUAGGAAAUGCUUAUGGUCUGGCUGUGAUCACUGUAAUGUUUGUUACGACCUGCUUAAUGUUUCUCGUCAUAGUUACUGUGUGGAAAAGACAUGUCCUUGUGGCUCUCAUUUUUGUGUUGGUCUUUGGAUCAAUUGAGCUCUCCUAUAUGUCAGCUUGUUUGAUGAAAAUACAUCGAGGAGGCUGGCUACCUUUGGUUUCUUCUCUUGUAAUACUAUGUUUGAUGUUAGUAUGGAAGUAUGGUACCGUAAAGAAACAAGAGUUUGAGCAUCAAAACAAGGUGGGGUUGGACAGAUUUUUGACAAUUGGUCCAAGCCUUGGUGUUAUUAGGGUUCCUGGAAUUGGUCUGAUAUACUCCAAUAUCACCUCUGGAGUCCCACCAAUGUUUUCCCAUUUUGUUGCAAACUUCCCUGCUUUUCAUAAAGUCCUCAUUUUCGUUACAAUUGAAACACUACUAGUCCCAAGAGUUCCUGUUAAUGAACGUCUUGUGAUUAGCCGGGUUAGUCUUCCAGAACAUCAUAUAUUUCGUUGUACUGUGAGGUAUGGUUACAAGGAUGUCAGAGAUUCUUAUGACUUUGAGUCCAAGCUAGUUGACAAGGUAGAAGAGUUCUUGCAAGGUGGGGAAACACUGACAUCUAGUCCACCUCCGAACAACGUUGCUGAUAGUGAUACAGAUGCAGUUCCUGAGAGUAGUGGGACUGCUGCUGCUGCUGCUGUUGGUAGGAGAAGAGUAAGGUUUAGAGAUGUAGAGCUGCAAAGUGGUCCGAAUGUCAAUGUUAGGGAACUUAUGGAGGCAAGGCAAGCUGGAGUUGCUUACAUGAUAGGGAAUACAUGUGUAGUAGCAAGGGAGGAAGCAUCAUUUGCGAAGAAGUUAGCCAUUAACAUGAUUUACAGAUUUUUGAGGCAGAACUGUCGCAGACCAGCUACUGCUCUUGGAAUUCCACACACAUCGUUGAUUGAAGUAGGAAUGGUUUACAAUAUAUGACACAGAAGAAGAAGAUUAUGUCAUGUUACAGUGAAACUGCUGCAGUAGAGAAACUGUCUAAACGGAUGGACGGCCUUUUUGUUUUUUGUAACACGUCGUUUAUGUACAAAAAUUGAGAGAUUAGAAAGGGGCGUUAUAGAAAACGUGUUUGAUUUUGCACAUAGGUUUAGUGUGUACAGGUAACCUGUGUUAGUUUACCGGGAGAUACUGUGUGACCUUCAAGUGAGUAUAGAAUGUAGAAUUCUUUUAAGAUGAACCUUUCGUAGUGAUCGUUCUUCUAAAACAAUACACAUUAUCGUUCUUUUUCUUUAAAAGCAAUACACAUUUAUCGUUGUUUUAAAGCAAUACCCAGUAUGUGUACAAGUAAA